CUAAGAUCUUCUUUCACGGGCAACAUAUCUGGUACAACAGAUAUUGCUCAUGGCCAUCGAAGACAUUCGUACAAUGAACGGGUCUGAUGAAGACACCUUGCAAAUGGAUGCCGCUGUGUCAAAUGAGAGCUCAGACGAAGGGAUCGAGGAAACGACCCCGGACCAUUAUCUUUCCAACGGGCACAUGCAAUCUACACCUGUUUCCGAUGCAACCAUGCCAAAGACCAACAGAUCGAAGCCACGAUAUGCAGUAAAGUAUAUUUUGAGCGGACACACUAUGGCAAUAUCCUCCCUCAAGUUCAGUCCAGACGGCACUAUGCUAGCUUCGUCAGCCGCCGACAAACUGGUUAAGCUGUGGGAUGCUUACACAGGAGAGAUCUUGAGAACCUUUGAAGGCCAUACCGAAGGUGUCAAUGAUGUCUCAUGGUCCAAUGACGGGGAAAUUCUUGCUUCAGCAUCAGAUGAUAAGAGUAUUAUACUCUGGAGCUUAGAGACCAAUUCUAUUGUGAAAACCCUUCUAGGGCAUACAAAUUUCGUCUUUUGCGUCAACUUCAAUCCCCGAUCUAAUCUUUUGGUCACCGGUGGUUAUGAUGAGACUGUUCGUGUUUGGGACGUGGCACGAGGGAAAUCAUUAAAGAUUCUUCCCGCCCACUCUGAUCCUGUCACUGCUGUCAGUUUUAAUCACGACGGAACACUCAUAGUAUCCUGCGCGAUGGAUGGGUUGAUACGAAUUUGGGAUGCUGAGUCCGGGCAGUGUUUGAAGACUCUAGUUGAUGACGAUAAUCCCAUAUGUUCGCACGUCAAAUUCUCUCCGAACUCGAAAUUUAUUCUCUCAGCAACCCAGGACUCGACAAUCAGACUCUGGGACUAUCAGAAAUCACGUUGCGUCAAAACGUACACUGGUCACACCAAUAGGACAUACUGUCUGUUCACUUGCUUCAGUACUACUCAAACAUUAUGCGUAGUGAGUGGCAGUGAGGACUCAAAAAUAUACAUAUGGGACUUGCAAAGUCGCGAAGUACUACAGGUUCUCGAGGGCCACAGAGAUGCAGUCUUAGCAAUUGCGGUAAGCAAAACUCGGCAUGAGCUUGUCAUCGACUGAAGUUAGCGCUCAGACUCAUCCUAUUCGUAACAUUAUGGCUUCUGCUUCAAUGGAGAAAGACCUGACAAUCAGGCUAUGGUAUGAUGAAUGACUUGCCUUGUUCAGAAUGCGCAGUUACAAGGAAGCUGGAUCACAAGAAUGCCAAAACAAUAAUGACUUGAUUGACUUGAUGCGGCAUUCCACGAAAUUUUAAAAAAAGUCAAAUGUGUCUCAGCAAAAAACGCAUGGUUAUGUUCCAGAGGACCGAGCAGACAUUUCGAAGGAUGGGGGAGGGUGGCCAUGAAACGUUGCGGGAUAGCCUGUUGGCUGUGCACUUGUCUACUACCUAAGCCUUUGUCUACGCACUGCAUAAGUGGCAGAUUCUGGGCUUGUUUAAACUCCGCUCC